UCGUCGGGAGCUCGUCCGCUGCGGACUCACUUCCUGGGUUGGGUUGGUUGGUUGGGGCGGGAUGGUUUUUGUCAGCGACCGAAAGAGUGAUGGAGUGAUCGAGUGGCCGAGUGAGCGAUUGUUGGGUCGAUGCGCGUGAGCCCGGAUCAGAGAGAUCGAGCUCUCGCAACGCUUUCCGGAGAGACAGAAUUGCCCGGAAUUCUGCGAUUCGGGUGCUGGAGCCGACGACCGAUUCGGACUCGCAUCGACGACGAAGGAUUGGGCGAGGGGUACAGAGGUCCGUGUCGAGUUAAGAUGCACAGAAUGUUGUCCCGACGCGUGCUGGCUACGGACACUCCCGUCAUGGUGCAGAUGCAACAACUCCUCCGGGGCACGACGGAUGUGAUGUCCUUGGCACAGGGUGUAGUGUUUUGGAAACCACCACCGAAAGCUUUGGCAGUCAUUAAAGAGGCUAUCGAAGAACCCAUCUGCAGCAAAUAUGGAGCAGAUGAUGGGCUACCGGAACUCAGAUCCGCUCUGGUCGAAAAGCUGGGGCGGGAGAAUAAGCUUUACAAGUCAGAUGUAAUGGUGACAGCAGGGGCCAAUCAGGCAUUGGUGAAUCUGGUGUUGACACUUUGUGACCCGGAAGAUUCAGUUGUGAUGUUUGUGCCUUAUUACUUCAAUGCUUAUAUGGCCUGUCAAAUGACCGGAGUCACUGACAUUCGACUCGGUCCGAGUGAUGCUGAAAAUCUUCACCCUGACGCAGACUGGCUCGAGGAAACUCUGCAGGGAAAAAAUGGGAAAUCUGUGCCCAAACUUGUUUACGUUGUGAAUCCUGGUAACCCUUCUGGAACAUAUGUACCACAACCACUUCUUAAGAGAAUAUCAGAGCUUUGUCGACAAGCAGGAUCUUGGCUGAUCGUCGAUAACACAUAUGAGUAUUUCAUGUACGAUGGGAGACAGCACACUUGCGAGGAGGGCGACCAUAUACUGAAUGUGUUCUCUUUCUCAAAAGCCCAUGGCAUGAUGGGUUGGAGGAUAGGCUAUAUCGCAUACCCAUCAUCGGUAGAAGGCCUCGGUGCACAGUUAUUAAAGGUUCAAGACAACAUUCCUAUUUGUCCAUCAAUCAUUGGACAGAAGCUCGCGCUUGCAGCUCUGGACGUAGGUCCAGACUGGGUGCGCGAAAAGGUAGGCAAGCUGGUGGUAAAUCGGGAAAUUAUUUUUGAUGCUCUGAGUCCUCUUGGACGAAGCUCUGUCAAAGGAGGCGAAGGUGCUAUAUACAUGUGGGCAAAGUUGCCAGAAAGAGCAACAGAUGACGUAGCCGUGACGCAUUGGCUUGUACAUAGACAUGGCGUUAGUGUGAUACCGGGCAGUGCUAGUGGGGUACCUGGUUAUAUUAGAGUAUCAUACGGAGGCCUGGAUGAGCCGAACUGUAGAUCUGCAGCAGCAAGGCUUAAAAAAGGGCUCGAUGAGUUGGUGCAAAGUGGAAUGGUGGAAUCAUCAGCUUCUGCCAGAUGACUCCGAGAUUUCGAGGCCAAGUCUGACCCAGACUCUUUCAGAACCCAGAAUUAACAAUUUCAGUGGUCCAUAUCCCUUGGUGGUUUUGACACUCAGAACAGCCUAAAUGACACCAAUCCUUCAACGCACAUGGCAAUUUCCACCCCUUGCUGCAGUCGUAUAAUUCGUAUGCCCCACCAAGACUGAUGUGACCAGGAAUUGAAAACCUCUUCUUGUAAAUGUGACAAACAGCUGGUACUGAAUAAAUAUUUGUUC